CUCACUGUGGAUGCAGGAGGGAUGCGUCCAGGGUAACACUGUGCCUAGGGAAAUAGAUUUUCAAUGGGUGGAACAGAGCAUCUUCUAAUAUUGGCAAGUGUAUGUCAGGUGGUUUGGCUGACAUGUGAACGACAUUCCAGUCCUAUUGAAGUUAAGAUGGAGUUUCAUCCUUUACCAAACAGUCAGGAAGCUGACAGCUACCUUGUCACCUGCAGGACUGCAACUCACCAGCUGGUGCAUGAAGAACCAGUAGCAUGCUCAUCGUGUUCUCCUGAUUGCGCUCUGUCCUUCCACAUCCUUGAGGAUUUGAGAGGUUAUCGAGUCACGCUGACGCCAAGGACUAAUAACAGCAGAACACUCGCCGAGAGGACUUUUGACUUCAGCCCGGUGUCUCCAAGUAGCUUUCAUCUCUCCAGUACAACCACGUCUGUGUCCUUAGCAUGGAGCCUUCCAAGACAACAUGUGCUGUACAAUCUAGCCCUAUAUGACCUCCACGAUAGUUCUGUAAUCAGGAGUGUGGACAUAAACUCUACAGUGAGACAGUCCCAUUACACUGUCAAUGAUAUUCAACCAGGGGCACGCGUCAAAGCUGCUGUCAUAGUGUCUGCGUUUCUCAAGGACCACAAUGUGACACUGAAACAGCGACUCACCAUGGUUAUACAGACAGCCCAGUGCCCCCCCAGCUGGCUGGCCAACAGAAGACACUGCUACACUGUUGAGAAGAAAGCUUUAGCCUGGAGCCAAGCCCAACAGAGCUGUUCAGACAGGGCUGUGGGGAGUCACCUGGCCGAUCUGAAGACCCGCCAAGAUCUGCACUUUAUAACUUCACGCCUAAUGAGCCACAACAGCCUGCUGCUGCUCUGGACCGCGCUCAAUGACAGGCUGGCGGAGGGCCGGGCUGUGUGGUCGGACGGAUCGCUCAAUAAUAUGACCAAUAGUGUGAUGUCAUCAGUUCUCCCGGAGAACCAGAGUGACUGCUUUGCCCUUCAGAGGAAUGCCACAGGGCCUGGAUACUUCCUCACUCCAUUCUUCUGCAGCAUCCCUCUGCCUUUCAUCUGCCACUACCCCAUCCCGCUUGCGGCCUCCUCAUUCUCCUUUGACCUGGUUCAAGUGACAGAGCGGGUGGAGCUGCAGUGGAGUGAACCUUCAGCCCUAAACUCAUUCACUCGGCCACCUUUGGAGAUAUUUCUUUUGUAUCAACAAGACCAGCCAUCAGACUUCAAAAAACACGGAGAGCAAAGUCACAUGCACAGUCACAGCCGUACCAGUAAAUUGGUCAAAGUCCCCAUAGCUCUCUCUUCCCCUGGGGUAACUGUGGCAGGUCUGUUCCCAGGAAGUGUCUAUUCCUUCAGCCUACAGGCCUCUCAUCCCUCUGGCUUCAAAUGGAACUUGGGACAAUCCCGAACAGCGCACACAAGGCCCUUUCCCCCACUAAAUGUCACUGUGAUGGAGGCUACAGUGGAUCAGAUACGUGUCCAUUGGCUGCUGACAGACGCACACUAUGUCUCAGACUGGUCCUUUCUUGUGCACUAUACAGACGUACAUUUAAAAAAGGAGAGAAUAGCUGGAAUGGACAAUAUUUCCAGAUCAUUUAGGAGCGGCGGACAGCACUCAUUCACUGCUGUUAUCGGAGGUCUGGUUUCUUACAGGAACUACAGCAUUGAUGUGUAUACAGUCACCAAGUAUGGGAUCAAGAGCUGUGGGCAGGUUCCACUUCUGGCACAUACAGCGAUAAGAGCACCACGUGGGCUGGUAGCAGAGAGUUCAGCAGAAAACUUGACUGUGUGCUGGACGACUGAGCAUGCAGACCUUCCAGACACAUACAAAGUCACAACCCUCUCACUCCAUGAUACAAAGGUUACAUCUAAACUGGUGCAUCCUGGGACCCCUGAAGCAUUCCCGGAUGAGUCACUUUGUGUUUCUUUGGGUCCUUUUAUUCCUGGACAAACUUACAACAUAGGAGUGAUGGCUUUUAAAGGGAAUGACAGAAGCCAAGAGACCAGUAUAUUACACACUGCAAAGCCAAUGUCAGUCCAGGUCGCUGUUCCUCUCUCAGUUGGCACCACAAGUGUCCAGCUCUAUGUCCAGCCUCCACAAGUCGGUUUGAUGGAUGGGGUCAAAGUUUGUGGUUGUCCAAAACUCUGUGACCCCACCUGUGAGGACUUUAUUUGUGGCUAUAACUGUGACUGGUAUGCUGUCCACGCUGACAUCCAUACUGUUACGAUUAGCAACCUUAGCCCGGGCUCACAACUGCAAUUCAAGGUGUACAGCACAAGCAGAAAUCAAACUGGACCACCUUUCUUCACCAAGCAAAUUAGAACAAGUCUCACUCCUCCUAGCAGGCUAAGGGAGGGAGUGGUCACCCAUUCAACUAUAGAACUGCUUUGGGACCCUGCUCUGGGGCAUGCCGACAGCUACGAAGUCAUCUGUUACAACUGUGAACACACACAUAUGGUGCAGAAAGUCUCUGGUCAAAGCGCUAUGUACUCCUCCCUGACUCCUGGAACGCUGUAUCAGUUUGCAGUGCGUACGGAAAAGCGUUUCUUCCCAGACUCCUAUCCUAUCAACAUAAACAUCACUGCAGCUCCCAACCCCGUAGAGCUGUCCAUUGCCAAUAAAACCACAUCAUCUAUAUGCAUUAGUUGGACUGCAGGCCGAGGAGUUGUGAGCGGCUUUCUACUGUCAAUCAAAAACGUAACAGCCAAACAAGCGGCAAUCAAUAUGCAUCCAGAGCACAGAUGGUACUGUUUCCGAGGGCUCACUCCAGGAAGCAGAUAUACUAUUGAAGUGAUGAGCCUCAGUGGAGAGAGGAGAGGUCAAGCUGCUGUUAUUACGCUCCAUACCACCCCACAGAUGCCUCAGGACGUGACUCUGUCCGAGCAGGGGGUCACAUCCGUCUUUGUUGCCUGGAGACCACCAGCUGGACUCGUGGAUGGGUACAAGGUGUGCUUUGGACUGCACUUUGUCAACACAACAUUCUGGGACCAUGCUUAUGUUCAAAGCCCAAGUUAUGAGAUCAGUCACUUAACCCCGGGCUCAGAGUAUGGACUCAGCAUUCAGAGUGUUCUAGGCUCUGACCUCAGUUCAGCUGUGCACAGGCACUUCAGCACACGCCCAGCGGGAGUGUGUGGUCUCCAUUUGAACUACAUCAACUCCUCAUCUGUCUCUAUUCGCUGGGACAAUGCAGCUGGUGUCUUUGACUUCCACAGAGUGACCAUGGCCAACAUCUCUGUCACAAGCACAUGGAGCAUACGAAAGGAGGAGCGUGUCGCCAUGGUUGCAGGCCUUCAAGAUGGCUGCACUUACAACUUGAGUGUUGAAAGAGUGAGAGGAGCACAUGUGGGGAGAGCAGCCUCUCUGACAGUAAGCACAGUGCCAGCCCCAGUGAGGGAAGUGCGUGUCCAAAAUGUGUCCUCCCACGCCUUCUCAUUACUCUGGCCUGAAGCAAAGGGCUGUGUGGAUCAUUAUCAAGUGACCUUACGACCGAAUGAGGGCAAAGUCACAGUGCACCCAGCCCAGAAUGGAUACAUACAGGCUCAUGUGGUGAGUGUGACCCCCUCCACAGAGUACAAUGUAACUGUCUCAGUAGCAGCCUCCUCCCACAUCAGCCCUGGAGUCAGCCGCAUGAUCAGCACCAGGAACAGCGUGCCCUCUACCCCUUUUGGCCUCGAGGGUCACACUUCGGGUACCAAUGGAAUCUUGCUGUCCUGGACAAUGGCAGAUGCAAAAUACUCAGAAUUUAUUAUCAGGUACAGGGAGGUGUGUCCUUACCCUGCCACUGACUUCACAGAGGAAACUAUGUUGCUUGAUUCUCCUGUCGUCCUGCUAACUGAGCUAAUCUCCGGCUCAACAUACCAGUUUCAGGUAGCAGCUGUUUCUUCUGGUAUUCCAGGAGCUUUCAGCAAAUCGUUGUACAUAAAAACAGCUGAGUCCCCUCCUGGACAUGUGACAAACCUGACUGCAUUUGCACAGAACCACUCCUAUGUGGUGGUCACCUGGUAUCUGCCCCAGCGCAUCAAUGGUCUCAUCACAAAGUUCAGUGUCAAUGUCAAACACGCCCGAAAUGGAAUGGUGGUCCGCAGGCUCAACGUCAAUGCAGAGGAGAUCAUGAGUAUCUCACUGCCACACUGCAAUGAUGCUGCAGAAAUCCUGUCACGGGCCACUGUGAGUCCUCUGGAGAUGACCGCCUCGUCUCCACCCAUCACCCUCUCAGCAGUGCCACCGGCCGCUCUGUGGAAAGUACCCAUAUCUGUGGGAGUGGAUCAGCUCCGACCAUUCACUCCUUAUCUGUUUGAAGUGUCCGCCUUCACAUCUGAGGGAGAGGGCAAAACCGGCUCUGUUAUGGUCCACAUGCCAGAAUCAGCUCCUGAGGACUCGCCACAGAACCUGACCUUACUGAAUAUGACCUCCAGGUUCAUUGUGUUGUCCUGGAUUUCUCCCAGAAUUGUGACAGGAAAAUUCAGCUAUGUCCUGCAGCUUCGCGGGCCUACAGGUUAUUUCUUGAAUGGAAGCACUUUUGACACAAGCUUUGAGUUCAAAGGUCUGACGCCGUACACCAGGUAUACUGUGGUUGUUCGAGCCAAAUCAGCAGGAGAAUUGGGUCCAGCAGCAGAGAGGCGUGUGGUCACAGCGGCUGAAGCCCCCAGUGCUGUACAGGCCCUGACAGCAGAAGCAGAGGACUCCCUGUCCAUCAGAGUGAACUGGAGGAGCCCUGCUCAGCCUAAUGGCCCCAUCAUUCAGUACAGACUGCAGGUCCUGGUGCAGGGGACACUGCUACAGGACAUCACCCUCACAGCUCCUCGGAAUGAGACCACAACUGGCCUAUAUGAGGAGGAGACAUUUACCGCCAGCCCUAGAAGGAGUAAGAGAAGCGCAGACUUUAUCACAUCCCCUGCCUCCUUCACUCCUUCAGUUUCCAAACGUUCCUCUGACUCCCUUGCUCUCGGCAUAACCAAUGACCCUCACGUCACUUCUGAACCCACGCUGAGCGACCACACCAGCCUGACUUACACAGCCACUGAAGAGUUUUAUAGCAUGGCUUUAGACAGCACAGAUAGCCCUGCCUCUCACAGCCCCACCCAAGCUUACUCUGUCACCUCUGCCCCUCCUGUGACACACCCACCUUGGCUCACGCGGCAGUCCAGAACAGAUAUGACCUCUGAGUCUAUGACCACGGCUUAUCACUCUGUAAGCACUCGCGAUACUUCAGUGACUGGGCGCUACACAGCUUACACUACAGGCUCUGGCAUCACAGCCAGUGUGACAGUGAAAGAAGAGGUGCUGGGUGUUCUGUCGGAGGAGAUGUCUUACUUAGUGUCAGAUUUGAACCCCUUCACCGAGUACAUGUUCAGGGUCAGUGCUUUCACCACAGUGGGAGAGGGCCCCGCUGCAGACAUCAUGGAAAAGACCAGAGAACAGGUACCUAGCGCCGUGCUGAAUGUUACCUACCAGAACAUCAGCUCCACUUCCAUACUGGUCAACUGGGUCCCUCCCAUCAACCCCAACGGGAGAAUCACACAUUACACCAUCUAUGGGGUCAGAGUAUAUGACAGUGAAGAGUUGCAAUGGGAGAGCAAUGGCACAUCCCUAUUAAUAACAGAUUUAGAUAAAUAUACAGGCUAUAAGCUUGGGGUGGCAGCCUCUACAGCAGUGGGAGAAAGUGAACUCACCAAUGAAGACUACAUCUAUGUUUAUACUGAGGAGGAUGUGCCAGACUCCCCUCCCACCAACCUCACUGUGGUCGACACCAGUCCCUCCACUGCCACUCUCUCCUGGUCGCCCCCUGAGCAGGCCAAUGGAGUUAUUCAAUAUUACCAAGUCCACUAUGGCAAUGACACCUUUGAGACGGCUAUAAACACCAGUACAAACAGCGCCACACUAAUGGACCUCAAGCCCUUCUCCUUCUACAACGUGUCUGUGAGAGCAUUUACCCGCCUGGGCCAUGGAGACCAAAGAUCAGACUCAUUACUGCUGCUGUCUGGAGAGGACGUCCCGGGCGGACCACCAAACGACCUGUCCUACGAGUCAGUCAGCCCCAGUGAGGUGAACGUGACCUGGCUGCCUCCUGAACUUCCUAAUGGGAAUAUCACGCAUUACGGUCUGGAGCUCUGGAACUCCACUCACUUCCUCAACCUCACCUCCAGCACCCAGCACCUGCUCAUCCAAUACCUGAAAAAGUACACGGAGUACAGGCUCAGGGUGCAGGCCUACACGCGGGUCGGCCCAGGCAACUUCAGCCAGCCCAUCAACAUCACCACACUGGAGGACGCCCCUGAUACCCCACCUCAGUUUUUACGUGCUCGAAAGUUAUCUGACUAUGAGGUGGAGUUGUCUUGGGAGGCACCACGGGAAGCCAAUUCUGACAUCUUGUACUACAAAAUCCGAGUUUGGAAUGAAACAACAGAGCAGUGGCAGAAUGUGACGGGGACUUCAGUUGUAAUAAAUGUGGACUCUGAAAGCCCCUACAACGCCUCCGUGUCCAGCUGGACCCGCAUGGGGGAUGGAGGGGUGCUCGUCUACAUCAGCUUUUCUACUAGUGUGGCAGAGCCGUAUGACCCUCCUCACAAUGUGACUGCUGCAAACAUGACCUUCUCCUCAGUCACUCUGACAUGGCUCCCACCCCGAGAGCCUAACGGGAUUAUAGUGCACUACUCCAUCUACUACAGAGACAACCACACUGUGUUGGAACAGAAAGUGUACACGAAGGAGUUGAGCUCCUCUUCUGAUAAGGCCCUGUACUACACUCUGACUGGGCUGAUCGGAGGAACCAACUACACUGUGUGGAUGACCUCCAGCACCAUCCAGGGCGAUGGAGGAGUGCAGACGGAUCUGUUCACUGUACUGUUACCAGAGGGAGUGCCCAGUGAUUCUGUGCACAACCUGACUGCCACUAACGCCACUGCCCAGGCCAUCCUGGUCACCUGGGACCCCCCUCUGGAGCCCAAUGGACGUCUGCAUUACCUGCUCACCUUACAGGAAGAUGCCCUCCCUCCCAACACGUCCAACCAAGGGCCUCCUUACAAGAUCAUCAGACAGACCACUACAGAUACUGUUUAUCUUUUUACCAAGCUCAGGAUAUAUUUCCCCUAUGUGUUUAAUGUUACCCCGGCAACGGCAGCUGGCAUUGCAUACAACCACACAAGGACGCUGCACCUGAGGACACGUGACGAUGUUCCCUCAUCACCUCCAGUGCUGGUGUCCACACGGAACCUGUCAUCAUCUUCUGUCGCUGUAGUGUGGCAGCGCCCUCUAGAGGCAAAUGGGGAGAUAACAGAGUAUACCCUUACACUAUCUGGCCCUGGAGGCACCAACACUACAUCCACUACUGAGACUUCGUACAAGUUAACCAACUUACUCCCAUACACAGCCUAUAACUUAUCUAUCACUGCGGCAACCCGCAAAGGCAAUGGCCCUGCUCUCACGCUACACCUGCAUACAGAUGAAGGAGGGCCCAUGUCCCCUCCACGUAACCUGACCAUAUACAACUACACGGCGGUGUCAGUGUGGCUGAGCUGGGAGCCUGCUCUGGAGCCCAAUGGAGUGGUGACGCACUAUGGCUUCAGGAUCCUGGAGCUCAUCACACAGACGGUCACACUCCAGAAUUCCUCGGGUCCAUCCACUAUGGAGUAUCUGUCUGGGUUCCGGCCCCACAGCUCCUAUGAGAUAAGUGUGUGCAGCUACACACGAGUGGGCCAUGGAAACCAGUUCAGCAGCCCAGUCACCUUCACUACCAAUGAGUCAGUGUCUGACGCUGUGAAUAAUCUGUUAUGCGCUGGAGUGAGCUGGGACUCGGUGUACUUAAGGUGGGAGAGCCCGGACAACCCCAAUGGCCAGAUCCUGUUUUAUGAGAUCACAGUGGAGGUGAACGCAGAGAGGCUACUCCAUCAGGCUCUUACAACAGACUACACCAUCUCAGGCUUGGCUCCAGAGCAGCACUACACUCUGACUGUGAUUGCGGUCAACUCUGCGGGGCCUGGAGACGUGGUUAACUGUACCGCCAGCACACUGUCCGAGUCAGUCCCAGCUGCCCCUCUCAGCCUCAUCAUCUCAGGGGCCACAGCUAACAACAUGACUCUGGAUUGGUCCCCUCCGCUGUCCGUCCCCGGUCUGCUCAGACAAUACCAAAUAAUUGCACAGCUGCUGUCCACUGUUUGUGCAUCAUCCCCCACUAUUACAGAUGACACUCCGGAGUGUGUCGACGACAGCUUCAUGUUGUCCCUUAAUGUGUCCAAUGGCACUGCAGACCAGUCCAGCUUCACAGUGCAGGCCCUGUCUAAAUACAGGUCCUACCGCUUCAGAGUGGCUGCGGUCACUAACGCUGGAGUAGGGGAGUACACUGCCUGGGUGUAUGGUCGGACCUUGGCAGGAGAUCCCGACGCUCCCCCUCGUGACCUCCAAGUGACCUCCACUGCCAACAGUCUACAUGUGAUGUGGGAGGAGCCAGCUGUUCUCUCUGGACCAACCAAAUAUCUAGUUCAGGUGGAGGGCCCUGGGGUGAACUUGUCCCUGGUGCGGGGCCCAGCAGAGAAGAAUAGCCUGCUUGUGUCUAACCUGACGGCUUUCUCCACUUACUUCGUGACUGUCAUCGCCUUCACCGGCCCAGUCCAGUCUGCAGCCAUUGAUGGAAAGGCCAUUGGUCCUCUCGUGUUUCACACCUUAGAGGAGGAGCCCAAGAGCCCUCCGACCAAUGUGACAGUAACAGUUAUCCCAGAGGAGGUGAACCGAGUGAGAGUGAGCUUCUCCCCUCCAGAAGAGCCCAAUGGAAACAUCACAGCUUAUUACGUGUACAUCUACCAAGGACAGGAGAUAGUGAAAAACAUCAGCCUCACUGCUAUUCACUCUGAGGAGAACCAGCUAACAGCAGUGAUCGACGGCCUGAAGGGAGGACACAACUAUACCAUACAGAUCUCAGCGAGGAAUGGAGCAGGCAGGAGCCCCCCCAGCCCCCACGUCCAGAUAACUACAGCCAUCAAAGCUCCGUCCAAACCCACCCAGAUACCCCGGGCGAUGCUGGGCCCCCGAGGGGUUGCUAUGGUAACCCACAGGAGUAUCUACAUCCACAAGCCUGCCUGUUUCUAUAGUGACGACAACGGACCAAUCGCGAGAAUCCAGGUCAUCGUGGCCGAGUCAGGGGUAAAAGACGCUGAGAACGUGACUAACUGGCGAGCUGCCUUCUCCCGGUCUCCUGCCCCUUACAUCACAGACAGGGGCUUUCCCAACCCACCCUGUGAGGACCCAAACUCAGACCCUGACCUCAACCAGAGGAUAGGCCAGCACCUCCUGUGGGGGGACAAGCCUCCUCUGGCACUGCCCAAUAUGACGGGAGUAUACAUGAUCGGACAGAGGGAUGACUGCCUGAACGAGACAGACACCUACUGUAAUGGACCACUGAAGCCUAAUACUGUUUAUGUGUUUAAAUUCCGAGCCACCAACAUCAAGGGCGAGUACACAGACUCGGAAUACUCAGAGCACAUCAAAACCAAUGCAAACGGGCUGUUAACCAGAGACGAGCAGAUCAUCCUGGGAGUGCUCCUGUCCUUUUUCCUGGCAGUGUUGUUGAUAAUCAUCAUCUGCUGCUCUGUCAAACUUCACCAGCACAAAAAAGAAGGAGGCACUUAUUCCCCCCGAGAGGCUGAGAUCAUAGAGACCAAGUGUAAGCUGGACCAGCUGAUUGCCAUCGCAGACAUGGAGCUCAAGCAGGAGAAAAUCAACCGGUACUCCUCAUUUUUUUUCAGGCGCAAAGAGAUCUAUGUCAUUCAGCUUCUCAGCUACAGGAAAUCCCUCAAGCCUGUCAAUAAGAAGUCCUUUCUGCAGCAUGUGGAGGAUCUGUGUAGCAAUGACAAUGCCAAGUUUCAGGAGGAGUUCUCGGCACUGCCAAAGCUGCUGCAGGACCUGGCCACCACAGACGCAGACAUGCCCUGCAACAGAACCAAGAACCGCUUCCCCAACAUCAAGCCCUAUAAUAACAACCGAGUGAAGCUGCUCUCCCAGCCAGGCUCAGACGGCUCCGACUACAUCAAUGCCAGCUUUGUCUCUGGCUAUCUGUGUCCCAACGAGUUCAUUGCCACCCAAGGGCCCCUCCCUGGCACCGUGGCCGCCUUCUGGAGGAUGAUCUGGGAGACGGGCACCCGCACCAUCGUCAUGCUCACCCAGUGCUUCGAGAAAGGCCGUAUCCGCUGUCAUAAGUACUGGCCUGAGGACGACAAGCCCAUGUCCGUGUUCAGUGACAUUCUGGUGUCCAAAGUGUCUGAGGAGGUGUUCCCCGACUGGACUGUCCGGACCCUGCGAGUGGAGCGGCAUGGACACUACAUCCUGGUGCGUCACUUUAACUACACAUCGUGGCCGGAGCAUGGCGUCCCAGAGUCCUGCACCACGCUCAUCAAGUUUGUGCGAGCUGUGCGCACUCACAGACUGGAGACCAGUACUAUAGUGGUCCACUGCAGCGCUGGAGUGGGCAGGACCGGCGUGUUCAUUGCCCUGGAUCACCUGAUUCAGCACGUGAGGGACCAUGACUUUGUGGACAUCUAUGGGCUGGUAGCUGAGUUGCGCAGUGAGCGCAUGUGCAUGGUCCAGAACCUGGCCCAGUAUAUCUUCCUGCACCAAAGUACAUUAGAGCUCCUAAACAGCAAAGGGAACAGCCAGUCAAUCUGGUUUGUGAGCUACUCUGCCCUGGAGAAGACCGACUCCCUCGAGGGCAUGGAAGGUGAUGUGGAACUGGAGUGGGAGGAGACAACCAUGUGAGGAGUGACGCCUCAAUGCACCAGAGGAGAUGUUUGAAUUGAGGGCUUUAGCUGAC